AUGAUUGAAUGCAGCAGGUCCCAAUCAUCGUCCACCAUCCAUACAGAUGUUGAUCACAAUCCAAGGGCCAUGUCGCGCCCUCGAAGUUUCACCGAAUCUAUCAAGAGAUCCAGCAUGAAUCAGAAUACAGAACCAGAGUAUCCGAGUGGUAAUGUCAUCAACCAGAGUGAAAAAGAGGAACAUACAGAGGGCUCGUCAAUUGAAGAAUCUAUUGUGAAACAUCGUAUCAACAAAGAUAUGGAUCUAGAGAGAGGUGCCAAACCAGAGUCUGAAGACGCAAAUAGAAAAACAUCAACUUCAGAUGUUAAGCUGGUCACCUGGGAUGGUCCCGACGAUUCAAAGAACCCGAAAAACUGGACACUUCAGCAAAAGUGGACUGCCGCCAUCAUAAUGUCCUUUUUCACCUUGAUUUCUCCGAUAUCAAGCAGUAUGGUAGCUCCAGCAUUAGAAAAGAUGGCAUCUGAUCUAGAGAUCCACAGUGACAUUACUCUCCAACUAUCCUUGUCGGUUUUCGUCCUCGCAUACGCAAUCGGUCCUCUUGUCCUCGGCCCUUUGUCCGAGAUAUACGGUCGACUUGUGGUACUCCAGCUCGCAAAUCUGUUCUUCCUCGUUUUCAAUAUCGGAUGCGCCACCUCCCAGACUAAAGUGCAGAUGAUUAUUUGUCGGUUCUUCUCUGGUCUGGGAGGAAGCGCCCCAAUGCCUGAAGAGCGUGGUAAGAGUGUUGCAAUAUACAGUCUCGCUCCACUCCUAGGACCAGCUGUCGGACCCAUCGCAGGCGCCUUCAUUGCCGAGAAGACAUCAUGGAGAUGGGUCUUCUGGUCAACUUCCAUUCUGGACGCAGUGAUAGCCAUAGUUGGUAUUUUCUUUCUUCGUGAAACAUACGCGCCAAAAAUUCUGCUCAACCGUGCGAGAACGCUUCGGAAGGAAACGGGUGACAACUCAUACGAGACCGAAGUUGAAAUCCAAAACAAAUCCAAAUCCCUUGGACAACGACUCGGCGAUGCAUUUGUGCGACCAUUCCGCCUUCUCUUCACGCAACCCAUAAUCAUAGUGCUGGCUCUCUACAUGGCCUUCGUAUACGGCAUCAUGUACCUAGUCCUAUCCACCUUCCCACGCCUCUGGACAAACCCAUCCUACUACAACGAAUCCGUCGGAAUAGGUGGCCUGAACUACAUUUCCCUCGGCGUAGGAUUCUUCUUCGGCUCCCAAACCUGCGCUCCACUGAACGACCGAAUCUACCGCACGCUCAAAGCGCGUAACGCCGGAGUUGGGAAUCCGGAAAUGCGCGUCCCACUCAUGAUCGUCGCGUCUGUUUUCGUUCCAGCUGGUCUAUUCAUCUAUGGCUGGACAGCUGAGAAACAUGCCCACUGGAUCGCACCCAAUAUAGGCACGGCUCUCUUUGGGAUAGGGGUUAUCAUGGCUUUCCAGUGUAUCCAGACUUACUUGGUUGAUGCAUAUACCCGUUAUGCAGCUAGUGCACUUGCUGCAGCGUCGGUCCUGCGCUCCCUUGCCGGCUUCUGUUUUCCGCUCUUCGCGCCUUAUAUGUAUGAUUCUCUACGUUUUGGAUGGGGUAAUAGCGUGCUUGCAUUUAUUUCUAUCGCCGUUGGAGUUCCGGCUCCUUUGUUUUUGUGGCGAUAUGGUCCCGUACUUAGGCAGAAGAGUCCAUUCGCUGCUGGCUAG